UACUUUAUAGAUUGAAAUGAUAUAAAGUUGUUUAUAUUUGCCUUUUAGCUACUAAUUUUUACAUGUGUCCAUAAUAGCAGUGCAUAGGGGUCUUAUCACGUUAUUGUUGUUACUUAUCCUUUUCGGACCUUUUCCCCCUUUCAUUAUCUUUAGCCUCGUUUUGAGCGGAAAACAUCGGAAAAAAUACAGAGAAGUUUUUCUUAUUUUAUUUUGUUUUUUCAGCUACAUAUUCUUCCGAUAAUCGAUAAUUUUAGCAGUUUUUUCUUAAUCAUAUAUCUAACUUUGAUUUGACUGAGUAAUUUACGUACGAACUACGGAUAAACUUAAAAUUCGGAUAGAACAAAGAAGGAACAAAGAAACACGUUUUUGACCUACUUUAUAGCGUGGGUUGUAGCCACAUUCCAUUGUUCUUUCUACUGCCAAUACUUUACGAUUGUCACUUUAAAUAUUAACUAUGCCAUUUCCCAUUAACAUUCUUAUACAAGGUCAUUCAUUCACUCGAAGGCUACAGAGAUGGUGUGUUGAAAAUCAACAGAUAAAUAUGAAUCUAGAUUCCAACAGGUUGCAGAUAUUCUGGCAUGGAAUAAGUGGAGGGAAUGUCAUUGACACUUGUCAUCAGAAGUCCAUCUGGCCCGAAACGUAUUUGGCAUCUGCUUUAAAUAUUCAAAUAACACUUUUAGAUAUUGGCAGCAACGACCUGUGUGAUCCAGCUGUGGAACCAUCCAAAUUGGUACAGAGCAUGACUGAAUUGGCGUACAAGCUACUUGAAUAUUUUGUAUCAAACUACAAACUCGAACUACAAAUCUGAUAAUCUACAUUGGGGAAACAGGAAGAAUACAGUUGUUUAGCCCUGGUUCUUUAGAAAUACAAAGAAAUAUUUUGGAAAGAUAAGAAAAAGGAUGCCUAAAAUAAGGCCCUCAGAGGCAAAAGGUGGAAAACGCCGGAAACCAAAAGACGCAGAUAGCCGUAUGGCUAGACUUAUAGCAACUGCCCUUGCAAAAGACAAAAACACAAUGCAGGAACUAAAAGAUCUUAUAAACAAGCAGGAGACUGAUGACGAGGAUGUGCAAACACAAAGAGAAGAUGGUACAUAUGUAGAUCAAGACGACAAUACAAAUGUAAAUCUGUCAGGUAGACGAAGCUUUAAGCCUUGCACCUUUCCUGGACAAGGACCCAACAGCAAUACCUCUAGAAAUGUCACCAUUGAUGUUACUAAAGUGAGGGAACAGUUAAUAGCCUCUUCCUUAGCCGCCACUACUAGAAAAACUUAUGAACGGUUUUGGGAACGCUUCUCGAAUUUUGUGAAAAACAAUCACAGUUCUUCAAGCUGCUUUCCAGCAACGUCAGACGUUGUAUCUUUGUUUAUAGCUCACUUACACUCCUUACAGUUUGCCCCUUCGACUAUUAGCAGUCAUCUUUCUGCGAUAACCUACUUUCACCUAGUUUCUGGUUUUGAUGACCCUUGUAACACAUUCAUUAUACGCCGCAUGAUACUUGGCUGUCGUAAAUCACGUUACCAGAAAGAUUCACGUCUUCCCCUUCUCAAGAAACAGGUAGACCUGUUAUUAAACGCAACAAAGCAUAUUUUUAGGACAAACAGAUUUCUACGGGUCCUAUACCGGGCCAUAAUUCUUGUCACUUUCCAUGGAUUUUUCAGGAUGGGAGAACUCCUCCUUCUAAACUGAGCAACUGUGGGAAUGUCGUACAGUUUGGCCAUGUUGCAAUGGUAUCGCCAUCAAUUAAAUUACAACUUCACUGCCAUAAAAUGAGAAAGUCUGACAAACCUGUUAACAUAAUUAUCCCUCCACAAAAACGUUCUUGCCCAGUAGCUUCCUUGAAAUCAUACCUGUCCCUGAGAGGUUACUCAGAUGGUCCUCUCUUUAUCUCCUCAACAAAUGAACCAAUUACUCUGGCACGUUUUCGCAGUGUUUUCAACGAAUUGCUAACAUUCUCCAAGUUAUCAACUAAACUGUACAAACUCCAUAGCUUCAGAAUAGGGGCUUGUACCCAGGCAAUCGUAUCUGGUAUCCCUGAGGCCGAAGUUAUGAAAAUGGGCCGUUGGAAAUCUCAUGCUUUCAGACGUUAUAUCAGAAUACCAAAUUUAAAAAUGGCAUCUAAGUGUCCUUCUAGGAAGUCAGAAUGAUAUGCAUAAUAAAAGACAUUGGAAUAUGUUUUCUAGUUCUGCAAAUUUUUAAAACAGAAUAAGCAAGCCCUGACGUUUUAGAUAUCCGUUGCUCACAGGAACUUUACCAUAUAUACAUAGGAACUGUAAACUGUUUUGAUAUGUGGCUAAUACUUAACAUAAAGUAAAACAGUGUAGACAUUGGGGUGUGUCUACAAUCUAUCUUACAAAGUGCAAAUAUUAGUUUUGGAAAUUUAACACUGUUGCCUGUUUAGUUUUGUAAAUACUGUUAAACAUAAACAUUGUAGACAUUGGGGUGUGUCUACGUUUAUCUUGCUUAGUGUAAACAUUGAACUGUGUAAGCUAUAAACGUUGUUUACAACUCAUUUUAUGUAUGUAAUAUUGAACAUAAACCUUGUAGACAUUGGGGUGUGUCUACGUUUUAUCUUGCUUAGUGUAAACACUGAACUGUGUAAGCUGUAAACGUUGUUUACAACUCAUUUUAUGUAUGUAAUAUUGAACAUAAACAGUGUAGACAUUGGGGUGUGUCUACAUUCUGACAAGCAUAAUAUAAACCGUGAGAUGUUUUUUACAUUAUAACCAUCCAACUCAGUGUAAACAUUGGGGUGUGUCUACACUUUUACACUUACAUGUACAUUUAUGUGUGUACUAUUCUGUCUACCAUUUACUCUCUGUUCAGUAGACAUUGGGGUGUGUCUACAUUUUUGUUAUUUUUAUUCAUUUUUGUUAGUACUUUUAUGAUUUCUAUUUUACUACACAUCAGUUGUCGUAAGAUCUUUUAAAAAAGAUAAUGUGUCAACCAUUACAUUUAUUAGUGCAAUAUACAGCAGAUAUGCUCAGCUAAUUAUCAUGCUUUUUUCUGGUCAUUUAACUAUUUUACAUACACUUACUGUCGAAAUACUUCGGUCCUUGUAUGUUCUUAGAUGUGUUUAUGUUCCUAAUCAACCUUUUUCCUUUACCUUGUAAUCUUAAGCUGACACUGUUAUAAUAUUAUUAGCAUACUUUUAAACAGGCGUAUAAUAUCAUUGUUUACAUCACCACUUUUUGGUCGGCAUGGGCAUGUGGUUGUCGAUUUACAAAUUUUACGUAUAAGGUAGUUCUGCUUUGUAAAUAUAACAGUUUGUACAUACCCACAAAGUUUUUACUAGACUAUGUUCAUAUACCUUAUUUUGUUACGCCUUAUAAGUUUGCGCUCCACUGCCUCUUUGGUUGGACUGGUUUAGGACUUUGCUUUGUCCUACUUUAUGUCACAAUUUUAUAGCCAUAUAACUAAUUCUGUACUACGUUUUGAUAACUAAAUAAUAUUACUUUCUAAUAAAACGUCUGACAUUGGUUAGAUGUCAGACAUUUUCAAUCCACGUUUAUCUUGUGUCUUUAUUGUGACAUAAAUGAACUGCAUCGGCAGGGGAGCGUAAAUAUAAAACCAUACUUUAUAGAUUGAAAUGAUAUAAAGUUGUUUAUAUUUGCCUUUUAGCUACUAAUUUUUACAUGUGUCCAUAAUAGCAGUGCAUAGGGGUCUUAUCACGUUAUUGUUGUUACUUAUCCUUUUCGGACCUUUUCCCCCUUUCAUUAUCUUUAGCCUCGUUUUGAGCGGAAAACAUCGGAAAAAAUACAGAGAAGUUUUUCUUAUUUUAUUUUGUUUUUCCACAUACCACCCCACCACCCACCUUGCUCUGCUAUUACGUUUGUUUUGAAAAUGUCGCUAAACAAGUUUUCUAGUCACAAUGUCUUAUUAUAGUUAUGCUUUCUUUUGUUGAUCUGUUAUAUCUAGUCAAUGCAUUGGACUUUGCUUUGUCCUACUUUAUGUCACAAUUUUAUAGCCAUAUAACUAAUUCUGUACUACGUUUUGAUAACUAAAUAAUAUUACUUUCUAAUAAAACGUCUGACAUUGGUUAGAUGUCAGACAUUUUCAAUCCA